CCAUACCUUCGCGGCCACUACCUCGCGAAUGCAGUCAGUCGACGACUACCGCCAAAGACUUGAAGUCGAGCAUGUUUGUCGGCACCAAUGGACCCAUAUACAAUUGGAUCAGACUCAACAGUGUGCAAAUUGCUG